AUGAUUGGUGGUAUUGGUAAUAAUCCAACUGAAGCUUCUUCCAUCGAACCCUAUAUUAUUGAUGCUUGGAUUUCAACACUUAAAAAUUACCCACAACCAAUUAACUAUCGUCUUCUACUGAUUUACACAUUAGUUCCAAAAAGUGAUAAAAAAGAAGCAAUGAAAAAAGCAACAUAUUACUUUCGAUUACAGUCAGUUUCAGACGCAAAUAUGUAUAUUCAACGUUUACAAAUACAUUCAAAUCCACCACUUCUGCCAGAAUUAGAUUGUUCUCCGAAUGCACAACGAAGAAAACGUUCUAUCAUGAGCUCUAUAUUUGAUCUCACAGCAGCAUGA